AUGAAGCUUUCUUUUCUAGUUUCUCUUAUGCUUUUGUCCCUCUUUCUAUCCAAAGCUCAAGGGAUUCGCUUGGAGAAAGGAUCUUUUGCUGCUCCUCAAAAUAAACAUGAUGAAGAAAGAAAGUCGUUGAAAAGAAAUAAUAAUGGUGAUACUGAUGAGGAAACAGUUUUUUGCAAAGAUGAACAUUGCACAGGAAAGAUAAAGAAUAGGGAACUUUUUACGUCAUCAAGUUCUGCCCUUCAUGCCAUUUCAAAGAAGGUGAAGACCAAAGGGAAUGAUAAAGCUAAUGGAAGAAAAGUAAAGGAAUUUAAAGUAAAUAAGAAACAAGAAGAGGAUGUUCAUGAAGACCUUAUGGACAUAACUGACAUGGACUAUUCUCCAGCAAGGAGAAAGACUCCCAUACACAACUGA